AUGUUGCAAAUUAUUUUCUCUUUUUUUUUGUGUUCCUCAGCUUCCCCCUCACCCCCAUCUGUAUCUCAGAGCAGAAGCUGGCCGUAUCUAGUGGGGUUUGUGCUCAUUGCCGCCACUUUGUCUCUUCUAAUAGCCGCUGCCGCCAAGUGCAAGUUCUUCCAUCGAUAUUUCCGCAGCUACCGCCAUCGUCCUUUGCCAGAGAAUGAGUGGACAGCUGAGUCACAAAGCGAGCUACCUGGGGUCCCCAUCCCUCACCAAGAUGACGAAGAUGGCUUCAUAGAAGACAAUUAUAUCCAGCCGGAGGACCAUCAGAAAGAGGAGGAUGAGGAGUCUCAUGAAGGCUUCUACAGUAUCUGA